ACCGCCGCCGCAACGUCAAGUCAGCUGCAUUCCACAUGGCGAGCCGCCGUUCUGGACUCGGUGCGAGGGCACAUGACAUCGCUCAGCGGCAUGCAGGCGCAGCUGCGAGCUCGCGGCGCAGGUGACCUGAGACACGACCGCGCCAAGUCAGCAAGUAGCGACGGCGCAGCGCUGCGCCGCCGCCAGCAGCGGGUGCCGCAUGGGUGGCAUCGCAGAGAGGCACAUGGCACAUGGCGUCGCAGCGACCUUGUGAGAUCUCACCCUCACCGCCAGUGAUCGACAAGCCCGGACGUUGGCAGAGUGUGGCGUGCAUACGUAUAAGAAGCGCUCCGCCGUGCAAUGGCUUUCUUAUCCCCUCACCUCGGUCACCUUCUCUCUGUCUUCUCUCUCGCAGCCGGUCUGCCUCACUCAUACUCUCUCUGCAUCUUGCAUACCCUCUCUUCUCUGCUCUGGUAGCACAUCUCUCCGACAUGUUCAACAACAAGGCAGUUCUCCUCCUCGCCGUGCUCGCGGCCGCGUCAUCGCGGGCCGCCAUUCCCGAGGCGGCUCGCUGUGGCUACGAGCCCGACGGCGCCCACAUCACCUGCCACGCCGGCAACACUGGCUACCCGGACGGCGCGCCGGUGACGUACAACAUGCGCGACGUCGACGAGGCGGCGGCCUUCAUGCGCCGCAGCGACGCUCUUGCCACCAUUGAGGCCGGCAUCGCCAACGUGGCACGCCGCGCCGAGGUCAACUCGCUCCCCGUCGACGCCAGCGGCAGCGUCGUCGGCCAGAGCUGGCACGCAUCGGGCGCACCCAACGACAACUACGUCAGCGACGUCAUCCGCGAAGGCAACAAGGGCGGCAGCGUCAUUGGCUCGUCGUGCCACUUCGGCACGAGCCGGCGCGGCAUGGAGUGUGUCAAGGCGCGCGCCGACGGCACCGUCGAGCCCGAGGAGCGCGACCUCAACCCGCACGCCGAGGCCGGCAAGCGCGACGUGAUCACUGACCAGAGCGUGCUGGGCGCCGACUGCUACUUUGGCAACCAGCGUCGCGAUGGCAACGCCAAGGUGCUUUGCAAGCAGCUGUCGCACCCGACGUACGGCCCCACGGGCUACAGCGGCGUCAUCGGCCUCGCCAAUCUGCGCCGCGACACCAUCACGAGCGACCAGCCCGGCCGCCUCGAGGCCACGCCGGGCGGCGCGGACAUCACGUCGUACAAGGCCAUCACGGGCGCGACUUGCCACUACGGCAACACCCGCCGUGCUCCCGACGGCGCCAGCUUCACCUGCACGCAGACCACGGCGCCGCUCUACGGCCCCAACGGCGGCUCGCCGACGCUCAUCGCCGCGCGCCGCGACGUCGGCGAGCGCACGGGCGUGGAGUACGACAUGCGCCGGGCAUCGGACGUCGUCGACUUCCACCACCGCCGCGCCCAGUGGCACGGCGCCGAUGCCUCGUGGCGUCGUGCUGAGCAGCCGUGCGACAACACGCCCGUGGGCCCCAUCGGCCCGCAGGCGACAUACGUGACGCGCCGCGACGUGCCGCAGCCGACGCAGGGCUUCGCUCGCCGCCAGCAGCAGCCGCAGGCGCAGCGCCGCUGCUCGAACCUGCCCAUCAAGCCCGUCGGCCCCACGGUCACGUACAUCUCCAAGGCCGACUGGAUGAAGCAGCAGGGCCUCGCAUGAGUGCCGUGCCCGCUGUGUGUGCGCUCGCAAUGCCAUCCUGUGACCC